CGUUCGGUCGGAAUUGGCGGGUUGCUUACAGGGGCACUUGCAUAUCUUACCUUUUGUCUGACCAUCCGAGGAAACUCGGGGCGGUAAAAUAUUAGUAAACGUUUUUUUUUAAAGUUUACAUAGUUCAAGCGUUAAGCGACAGUUAUAGCUGAUUUAGCAGUAUUUUCCACCCAAACUGGUGUUAUCCCGUCCCUGACUCGUUAUUUCACAGCACUGUUGACGUUGACAAGGAACUGGAAGGUUCCACAGAGCCCCAAUGAUGAGCAUGAGCCAACCUACAGACACGGCUAGUGAUGCUCCCAGCGUCACCGAAGACGUCAAGCUGGCGGCCACCGCAGGAAAGAAGCAGAACAAGAAAAAGGUGGAAGAGGUUGCAGAGGAAGAGGAGGAAGAAUAUGUGGUGGAGAAGGUUCUAGACAGAAGGGUGGUGAAGGGCAGAGUGGAGUUUCUGCUUAAAUGGAAGGGCUUCUCAAAUGAAGACAACACAUGGGAGCCAGAGGACAACCUGGACUGCCCUGAUCUCAUCGCUGAAUAUCUGCAGACUCAUAAGACAAAUGAUGACAAGAAAGAAUCUAGUGGAAAGAGGAAAGGGGAGUCUGACACUGAUGGUGGAGAAGACAGUCGCUCCAAAAAGAGGAAAGAUGAGCAAGACAAGCCAAGGGGCUUUGCACGAGGGUUAGAACCAGAACGCAUCAUUGGAGCCACAGAUUCCAGUGGCGAGCUCAUGUUUCUAAUGAAGUGGAGAAACUCUGAUGAGGCAGAUCUCGUCCCAGCCAAAGAGGCCAAUGUAAAGUGUCCACAGGUAGUCAUUUCAUUCUACGAAGAACGACUAACAUGGCACUCUUACCCCUCUGAGGAAGAAGAGAAGAAAGAUGAUAAGAACUAGCCGUGUGAGGGUGGAGGGGUUGACCAGCUGCGGUGGGGCUUGGGAGGGUAUUUUGGACAUGGUGAUGAUCAAGGUGGGCAGUUUAAAGAUGGGGCAACAAAAGCCCAAAAGCUUUCUUUCACUUUCAUAGAUCGUAGAAAGCAUGCACAUCCAAACAAAGUUUUGAAUCAAGGUGCACAAUCAAAAAAUAUACAUUGGCAGCCAAAAGUUUGGAAUAAUGUCCAGAUUUUGCUCUUAUGGAAAGAAGUUGGUACUUUAAUUCUCAUCAAAAAAUCCUCCACGUGCAGCAAUGACAGCUUUGCAGAUUCUUGUCAUUCUAGCUGUUAGUUUGUUCAGAUAUUCAGGUGACAUUUCACCCCACACUUCCUGUAGCACUUGCCAUAGAUGUGUCUGUCUUGUCGGGCACUUCUCACGCACCUUACAGACUAGCUGAUCCCACAAAAGCUAAAUGGGGUUAAGAAAUAUUACACACAUGUGUUUCUUUGCCCACUCUAACCUUUUUGUUUUUCUGUCAGUUGAGGACAUGUGAGGCAUCUAUUUCUCAAACUAGAGACUCUGAUGUACUUAUCCUCUUGUUUAGUUGUACAUCUGGCCUUCCACAUCUCUUUCUGUCCUUGUUAGAGCCAGUUGUCCUUUGUCUUUGAAGUCUGUUGUGUUUGUAUGAAAUCUUCAGCUUUUGGCAAUUUCAAGCAUUGUAUUGCCUUCAUUCCUCAAAAUAAUGAUUCUAGUUUCUAGAGAGAGCUGUUUCUUUUUUGUCAUUUUUGCCAACCCUCCGGGGUCGACAGACGCGCCAGCGCGUCCUGCUGGAUUUUUUCGUCAUUACAGCAGAAUCUGUAAUGCUGGAUUUUUUUCGUCAUUACAGCGGAAACAGUCAAUUUGGGGCAUACAGAUAAGUGUAAGAUAUCAUUAGAGACUAUAAAGGGUCUACAUUUAUUUGUGUACACUCACAAUAACAAAACCUUGUGCUUAUGUAAAAUAAAGAAAAUAAAAAAGGUGAGCUGUAAGUAGUCUCUGGGUUCACAAGCAUAUUUUUGAAACACGUCACAAAAAUGAACUGAAACUCUGUGAAUACUUAUCACACAAACAUGAAACAUGUCUAAAGAAAGCUUAAGAGUUCCACUUUUAAAUAAAACAAAUAUUCUCCUGCAAUGUAAUCUGUAUGAAACAGCGACGUACAGUUUUUACUGGUUCAUCUAAUUAUCCCUAAUGUGAUCACACCCACCAGCAGAGCGCGCCAUUCAAACGCUAUUGUGCUGAGGCGAUCAAAUCAAAUAGUAAACGCCCCCGACUGUGCCUUAAAAAAAACAAAGUCAUUCACUUUUC